CGCCUGAGGAAAGCCGGAAGUCGCGUGGCUUCCGGUCGCGGCCGCCAUCUUGCCGUGAGACAGCAGGGGGGGACGCUGCAGCGAGAUGCUGUCCACAGUGGCCUCGUACCCGGGGUUCGCCAGAGAGCAAGGGAUGGAGCCGUACAGCGUCGCGGGCCCUUUGCAACAGCGCUUUUCGCCCUACGCUUUUAAUGGAGGUACUGUAUUGGCAAUUGCUGGAGAAGAUUUUUCAAUUGUUGCUUCUGAUACUCGAUUGAGUGAGGGCUUUUCCAUUCACACCCGGGACAGCCCCAAAUGUUACAAAUUAACAGACAGAACAGUUAUUGGAUGCAGCGGUUUCCAUGGAGACUGUCUAACCCUGACAAAGAUUAUUGAAGCAAGACUAAAGAUGUACAAGCAUUCCAACAACAAGGCCAUGACCACGGGAGCAAUUGCCGCCAUGCUGUCUACCAUCCUGUACUCCAGGCGCUUCUUUCCAUACUACGUGUACAACAUCAUCGGCGGCCUCGAUGAAGAAGGGAAGGGAGCUGUGUACAGCUUUGAUCCAGUGGGCUCCUACCAAAGAGACUCCUUCAAGGCUGGAGGCUCAGCCAGUGCCAUGCUGCAGCCCUUGCUUGACAACCAGGUUGGUUUCAAGAACAUGCAGAACGUCGAACAUGUUCCGCUCUCUUUGGACAGAGCCAUGCGUCUGGUGAAAGAUGUCUUCAUUUCUGCUGCUGAGAGGGAUGUGUAUACUGGGGAUGCCCUCAAGAUCUGUAUUGUGACCAAGGAUGGCAUCCGGGAGGAGACCAUUCCCCUGAGGAAGGACUGAUGUGUGGGCUGUGCCUGGGCUAUCAAGCAAGUUGCUUUUAUUAAAAAAGAAGUGUGAAUUA